GUGGUGCGAAGGCGUCGCCUUGAGAAGAUCCGUAUAAAAUGGUGGCAUCGUCGGCGAAGAGGCACGCACACACACGACCAGCCUCUUCGUUUUCUUUCGAGCAGCACUCGGAGACCCACCGACGCAGCCACCAUGAUCAAGGUUCUGAUUCUCCUCGCCGUGCUGGCCCUCUUCGCCGUCUCGCAGGCUGUGGCUGCGCCACAGUACUACGUCGCAGACAGUCUGUACUACGGCUACCCGUAUUCUGCCUACUACGGCGCCUACUACCCCUACUACUACUACGGGCGCUAAGCUGGAUCUCGUGCCGGCGCAGCGACAGUUCGUGGUGGUUUCUUCAAAGAAAACCUCAGCUCUCUAACGCAUUCUACCACUCCCAGCCCUGAAAGCACUGCCUAGUCAUUGUCUGCCUAGCCACCAUGGAAGCACUGCCUAGUCAUUUCACCACCUGUGAUGGAAAAACAGCGCUAAAGAGCGGACGAGGUCUAAGGAAGACACCUCAGUUGUGUCUUCCUUAUUUGUCACUUUCUUAGCGCUGUUUAUUCAUCCCAAGUAUGAACCACCGACAAGUCCAAGUUUCUCUUCUAGUGCGUUUCACAACGUUGAACGUCGAGCCAAACACGCACGGACCUAAGUUCUCCUGCAUUUCUUCGAGAAGACGAUGACGUCCGCAAUUCUAACACCGGGCGUUUUCCUAUCUGGUCACUAGAUUUUGAAAUAAAAUGUUUCUAACCAGA